AUGGCUGAAUUCGUACGAGCUCAGAUUUUUGGGACAACCUUUGAGAUUACCUCGAGAUACUCUGAUCUCCAGCCUGUUGGAAUGGGCGCGUUCGGUCUCGUAUGCUCGGCGAAAGAUAACCUUACCGGCCAGAAUGUCGCAGUUAAGAAAAUUAUGAAGCCAUUUAGCACGCCUGUCCUAUCGAAGAGAACAUAUCGGGAGCUUAAGCUUCUAAAGCACCUUAGACAUGAAAACGUUAUCUCCCUUAGUGAUAUAUUUAUAUCCCCUCUGGAAGAUAUCUAUUUUGUCACCGAACUCUUAGGUACUGAUCUUCAUCGUUUGCUAACAUCAAGACCGCUCGAAAAACAAUUCAUUCAAUAUUUUCUUUACCAAAUUUUGCGAGGACUCAAGUAUGUACAUUCUGCUGGUGUCGUCCAUCGUGAUCUCAAACCAAGCAACAUCCUCGUCAACGAAAACUGCGAUCUCAAAAUCUGCGACUUUGGCUUAGCUCGAAUUCAAGAUCCUCAGAUGACCGGAUAUGUGUCCACUAGAUAUUACAGAGCACCUGAAAUUAUGCUCACAUGGCAAAAAUACGAUGUGGAAGUUGAUAUAUGGAGUGCUGGGUGUAUUUUUGCUGAGAUGUUAGAGGGCAAGCCUUUGUUUCCCGGAAAAGAUCACGUCAAUCAAUUCUCCAUCAUAACUGAACUUUUGGGAACUCCACCAGACGAUGUUAUUCAUACGAUUGCAAGUGAAAAUACUCUAAGAUUUGUCCAGUCUCUGCCAAAGCGUGUGAGACAGCCACUUAAGGAUAAGUUUACGAACGCUGAUCCACUUGCUAUCAGUCUCCUCGAAGAGAUGCUAGUAUUCGAUCCCCGCAGACGUAUCAAGGCCACCGAUGCUCUUGCGCAUGAGUACCUUGCUCCAUACCAUGAUCCGACCGAUGAACCUAUUUCACAAGAAAAAUUUGACUGGUCCUUCAACGACGCAGACCUCCCAGUGGAUACGUGGAAAAUUAUGAUGUACUCAGAAAUUCUCGAUUAUCAUAAUGUGGACUCAGAGAACCAAGCAAUGGAGGAUCCUCUCGAAUGUCCUUGA